GUAGCACGGACUUCUCGUGUUACAGACAUUUCGACUGUCAACGAAGAAAACUUAGUGCCUCAGCUUCAUCAAUUAUGCAUUGAGUAUUAAUUGAGGCACACAUAAAAUAGCCAUAAUAGCUCAAUAAAAUCGGCAAUAUUUACAAAUCAAUUUAUUUUUUUAUCGCUCGAUUCCUGCCUAUAAGAGAUGGCUGCACUUUUUUCUGGCCAAAGGUGUUCCGGAAACCGGAUGAUGUAGUUAUCAGGAGACGGGAAUUAGAACUGAUAUCAUGUCACUGCCUAACUUCUACAGUGUCCAGGGACCCCGACAUACCGGCUUUAGACCUUAUUUUGACCAUCAGCAGCCGGCAGUUCCACCAUGGCCAGACCAAAGCAUCAAACAUGUAUACGAUAUCGGAAACACCCAUACUGUUCAGAACGAGCAAUUCACGGGUUACCAAUUUGAUAGUUCAGAUGCAAGGAACAAAUUUGCCGAACAUUUUGGAAGUGGCAGUCGGGAUAAAUCUGAUCAAUAUGAUCAAGAACUAAUGACGAAGGGAAGGGGAAAACGGUUACAAAAGAAGGGCACUCUUGAAGACUGCUAUUGUUAUAAAAUGCCAUAUUGUGGAUUACUGAAUAGUUACGCUCGAGAUACCGGAAACCAUCAAGACAUCUUUACGGAGUCACAUGUAAUUCAAAGAGCAGACGAUACGCGAACUGAAAGAUUUGAAAGUUAUACUGGAAGACAUAUAGAUCCUGUCGAAAGGAAAACACGUAUAGAACCAACGGUUGGCUUCCCAUACAUGCAUCCAAUGUGGCCUUACAGAAUGAUAGGCGACCAUUUAGAGAUGGCAAAAUCUAAUCAAGGCUCUGGUCAGAUACAGCUAUGGCAAUUUCUACUAGAGUUGUUGUCCGACGCAUCAAACUGUUCAGCUAUAAUAUGGGAAGGUCGAGACGGCGAGUUCAAACUCUUAGAUCCUGAUGAGGUAGCAAGGAAAUGGGGGCAGCGAAAGAGCAAACCGAACAUGAAUUAUGACAAGCUUAGUAGAGCUUUAAGAUAUUACUAUGAUAAAAACAUUAUGACGAAGGUACAUGGUAAAAGGUAUGCAUACAAAUUCGAUUUUACAGGACUUGCGCAAGCUUUACACCAAAAUCUUGAGUCAACCCCAGGAUAUACUUGCAGAAUCAACACCGACUUCUUAUUAAAAACGGGCACGGCAUCUUUCGAUAAAGCAGACGAUAAAGCUAUCCAACCACAAGGGAAUUCAUCACACGUUCAAUACAAAUGUCAGAAAGAAAAUCAGUUUUACGCAAUGCAAAUGUAAUUAAAUGUUGAUAAUUAUAGGAAUUCUCUUCUUUCUCAGUUAAACGAAGGAUAUUAUCCUACGAUUUAGCAAGAUUUGAAUACCGGAACAUUAACUCGACAAUUUGACGUAAUUUGACGUCAAUUAUGAUAUUGAUAUAACUAAUGACAAUCAGAAAAUGACAUCUCUCUUACAUGAAUGUCGAUCAAUAUAAUUAUCAUUUCAAUUAUCUAUGUUUGAUUGUUUGUAGUGAUUGUACUUUCAGGAAAUAAAACUUAUUAUCUUUACUCUUACGGUGACUGUAUCGUGAUAAUACCAAACAUGGAAUGGGCGUUCAAAGAUGUAUUCUUCUGGUACAAUUGGACAAGCACGAUCAUACAUGUAUAUGCUAUUAACUAAUCACCAACUUAUGAUAAAAUGUUUUACCACGUAAAGUAAUUGAAUUUAAAACGUUGAAGAUCAUCCUAACACGGCAAAAUUUUAAAUGCUGCGGGCUCAGUUUGCUUAAGCUUAUUGACGGAAGACAAUAUUCAAUACAAAAAACCACCAAACCGCGCCUAGAACAGGCACAAGAAAACAAAAUUUGUAUUUCAUAUAUGAUGAUGGAGUAAACAUUGGCAUAUGUGUCAACUGUGUUUAUCACGGAACAUUCAAUGUAGCAUUUUAUGUCUACCAAUGAAAUGGGGGAAAUAAGAAUCCCUAAGACGGUAAAACAGAAUUUGGUUCUAAAGUUAAACUUUGUGUGCAUAAUCAUUAUUUUGAAUAUAUAUUUUUUUCGGAAAUUGAAGGGAAAAAAAUAACAAUAUAUAAUAAAUGCUAUAAAGUAGACAUAAAAUAUUUGAUGCUGUAUAUUAUACAAAUUGUAAUAAAUAUCCUCCAAACAAGUCUACUUUAGAAAAGAUAAAUAUCAACCUUUCUUUCAUGGCGGAGUUUUUGGUGAGAAAUAAUUCAAUCCACGAAAGCAUCAGAAAGUUAUGUUUCAAUAUUGUUUUUGUCCAAUCACAUGUUAGGAAAUUAAAAAGCGUCUGUGCACGGGAGUAAACUAAAUAUGCCCGCUUUGUUUUAUUGUUUA